AUGGGGAACCCUGGUCGUGCGGGAGCUGGAGGAGUUUUUAGAGAUCCUAUGGGAAGAGUGCUGGGGACCUAUAAAGUAUUUAUGGGUGUGACAGGUGUGUUUGAGGCUGAGAAGGAGGGUCCCAUAGAAGGCUUAUUGCGCGCUAAGGACAUGGGUAUUGAUCAGUCAUGGGUGGAGUCUGAUUCCUCUGCUGUGGUUAUGCUGAUUCAAAAAAUAGGGUACCGUGAUUUCUUAGCUAGAGAUGCUGCCAAAUCUGGUGCUUCAACAUCAGAUGUUGCUCUCCCUGGGCAUGUUGUGGAGCUUCUUAGUAGAGAUGCUAAUGGAAGACCAAAUUAUAGAUUCACCUAG